GAAAGGUUAGCUCUGCUGUAUGUAUUUAUUUGACUUUUGUAGAAGACGCACAGGUAAUUUUGUGUCUAUAUGUAUGUAACAGCGUAUUGUAGCGUACAGGCCACUAAUAGUACAGUCAAGUUACAACGCUAUUCUUUAGGAAAGGAAACCGUGGAAAUUUGAGGCAAUACUAGAAGGAGAAAAAGGCCACACGUGUUGUUCAAUUGGAGAUUUUGAGUAUUCCAAGAUUGCGGAAGACAAGUGCCGCUACCUGUUUAUGAAGGAUAGGCUGGACGUUCUUGGACACUGGAAGAACUGAAGGACUGCUGAACAGCUGCAGUGAGUGCAUUGAUCAAAAGCCUGACGGAAACUCAACCGGCACCUCAACGACAUCCAACUUUCCAAGCAGAACUUCAGGAAAGAACGAAGGUGAGAGUCUGAAGCGAGAAUGUCGACCGCAGCAAAGGUUGUGCAGAAUCACGGGGCGACCUCGCCUUGUGAAGUGGUGAUGGACGUGAUGGUCAAUUGCGAUUCACCACCAUCACUGGAGGCGCAAUUGCCAGCAAGCAGUGAAGGAGUAGCUCCGGCACUAACGGCGCAGACUGUCGGUGAUAGGCUGUUGCACUGGAAAGGCAUCAUCAAGCAGAAUAGACAUUGUUCGUACUAUGCCGUCGAACAAGCCCUCCAUUCCAUUCUAUACGACGAGCAUCUUCUAAGCACUAGCUGUUUUCACGCGUGGACGAAAACUGAGGUUGGCCUGUCACGAAGCAACGCCUAUGAGUAUAUUCGCGGGUACAAGAUAGCACGAAUGAUCCGCAGUCAAGACCCCAACAUGUUAGUUCCGACGGCUUUGUCGCAUUUCCGAGUGUUCAACAAUAUUUCUUUGGAAGACAAUGCAGUGAAGGUGUUUCAGCUCUGGAAAGCAAUUCUGGAAUCAACACCACCAGAGAACAUACAUCAAUUGACAGCAAAGGAGAUCCUGGCCAAGGGCAAAUCUAUACUCUGCAACGGCACCAGCAAUGCGGACACCAUGCCAAAGCAUCAUCUCCAUGGUGAUGACUUUGAAAUGCAGGAGAGCCUACCUUCCUCUGCUUUGUCCCAGGUGGCUAGCGGUAACAAGAGUAGGCAGCCAGUUUGGGAACAUGAGCGCAGAUCCGUUGGUUACUCUCAAGCCCAGCAACAUGAUAUCGACUGUGAGGCGCAUGGUGACGUCGAUUACAAUGGUGCCUACAGAUACACUGAUGACGACGCCGAUGAGCAACCAAUGUUCGAGACCAACAGUCGGACGACACACGCAGGUCAAGCAAAGCGCCGCAAUCACCCAAGCAGACAUCGCAAUCACCCAAGCAGACAUCGCAAUCACCCAAGCAGACAUGUGAUGAGUACCAGUGGUAACAAUGGCCACGGCAUGGUCAAUGACCAGCAACACGGCCAACAGUGUGAACAGCAUGUAAACGGUGACAUUGCUGUUCGUUCACCAGACGACGCGCUACCACCACUACCACCACUACCAGCACUGAUUCCAAUAUCCAUCACACCAGGACAACUGGCUGGUAUUGCCAGGCGAUUGGUUAGGCCUGGUUUUGAUGUGUCCGUGUGCCCAGCGGAGACAAGCGACGAGGAGUGUGUCAUCGAUGCAGAAACAACGCACAUGUCCCAUGGAUACAUGAAACCAUGGAGAGGAACAGUUUGGGGAAACUUCUCCGGACCCCGCUUUGACGACCAUGACGAACUGGCAGUCUAUGUUGGUGCAGCAAUGGAUAGGUUCAACGAUGGAGAGUAUGACUCGGGAGUGUUCGUUGUGAAUGUGGCAUUCUUCUCCAGCUUCUUCCCCAAGCUACUCAAAUACCCGCACUGCUUUCUUCGGAAGCCACUAGAGGCUCACUUGCCAGGUGAUAGUACCAAUGAUGAUGCCAUCACCCACCACCAAGUCAUUGUUGCCUACUUUGGAAGCGAUGUGAGCCAGUUUGUUCAGUUCAUGACCAACCAUGGCUACAUUCCUGGUGUCAAUAGCUGGUGUCCUUUCUAAUCAUUCCUAUAGAAAUAAAAAUUAUGCAGUGUAGUGGACAUACGGUAUCAUUGCUACUUCUUGUAUUGCUACUGUUCUAUCCUCUUGAUGUAACGACAGAGCUGAGCCUGUGAACGUUUUUGUUUUUUCACGGCGUUUUCUCUUGUUCUGAGCAACUCCAUUGAACCUGCCAUCGUGGUCUUUGUUUUUCCUCUUGGUAGUUAAAGGUGCCCGCCCACCCUGGUUUCAUGGGGGUCUUCCGCUGUUAUUCUUGAUAUUCUAUGCCAAUGUGUGUGGCUUAUGAUUAUGACAUACACUGGACAUUACAUACCAUUUCUUGCUGUCUCUAUUCUUGGGUCCGACUGGCAGCGGGGCAGGAAUUAUUGAAAUAGAAAGGUUUUUUGGCCGAAAGGCGUGUUUUUCCUCUAGCCCGGUUGAGCGGUCGCGGCUAGGAAUGUAGGGAGUCAUUGUUUUUCAGGCGCUCCCCUGCUGCCCAGUCACCCAUGCUCACCACUGGCCAUGCUGUUCCACUUGAUUUAACGGCCUUUUCUCCCGCUUGCUGGCUGUUCUUUGAUGGAUUUAGAUGUUUUUCGGCUAUUUAUCUAUUACAUUGUAUGUGGCUGCGAGUGUAGUUUUUUGCUUCUACUCAUUUCUGGAAAACCACUACGGUGGUGAGUGUGAUUGCUCUGGUAGACCACUACCCCAUGUA